AUGUGUCAGCUCUGCCUAAACCCCGCGGGGGAGAAGAGCUGCUGCUGCUUCAACUUGUCGAUAGCCCUAUUGGUCGUGGCAACCUACUUUGGGGUGAUUGGGGGCUUUGACAUAUACCAGGCCAAGCAGACAAUACCUUACGAGGAAACUCAAUUCAUUGGAGGCAUUGUCAAUGCAGUUGUUGCCGGAUAUAUCUGUGUGUGUGUGCUGCUGGGCUUCCUCAAGCUCGGCAUGAUCGCGUACAUUUUCACUUUCGGCGCUUUCUUCGUCACUUUGAUCAAUGGAUUAUUCAAACUGGUGACUUUCAUCAUCCAGUGGGUCCACUGGGGUCAGGGAAUGUCAGACGGCACGAUUGACUUUCAAAUGGUGAUGGUUACCUCAUCCAUUACUCAGCUGCUGACGAUUAUGGUCAUCUUAGGCUUUGCUAACCUCUUCUGGUCUGCAGCCUGUGUCUACAAGGCAGGCGGAAACGGCUGCGAGUUCAAAACCUACAGAGAAAUUGAAAGCAGAGCUGCAAAGAAGAAUGAUGAAGAUGCAGUGUAA